AUGCCUUAUCGUGGAAAGCCGUCACAAGGUUGCGAUGAGUGUCGUAAACGACGCAAGAAGUGCGACCUUCGACCCGGUGGAUGUGGGCGAUGCACAAAUGCACGUCGUCAAUGUCCUGGAUAUCCCAAGCCAGAUGAAUUGAGAAUAUGCGACCAGAGUGCCGAAGUCAUUUCCAAAGCACGCGUCGCACAUUUUCGAGAACGUGCGACAGACAUGAUUGACGCUUUCGAUAUUUCGACUCGAUCAUCCUCUCCGUACUCUUCAGACAGCUGCUCAUCGGCCGGUCAUUCGCCUUUGACGAUGACAUCCUAUGUGUCUCCUCCAUCCGUGGAUAGCGAUGACCAGUCCUUUGCAUUCUUCUUCAACAACUGGGUGAUCAACAACGGCAUGUAUCAUAAUUUCGUCCACGAGCCUGGUAACAAACACCUGAUCGCGAGCAUAAAGGCUUUCAGCAUUGCUAGCUUGUCCAAAAAUUCCUCGGACAGGCGUCUACUUACCUCAGCACAGUAUCAGUACACCACCGCAUUGAAUCUCACCAACACUGCUCUUCGGAAUCCUGCCCAGGUUCUGCGUGAUGAGACAUUGCUUGCUAUUCUUGUGCUCACAAACUACGAGACCCUGACAGGCGGAGUCGAGCGAAGUUUGAGUGCCUGGGAGCAGCACAUCAAUGGUUCAGCCUCCCUACUCGGUCUUCGCGGCCUCGAAGGUGUUCGAGGCAAGGCUGGUCGAGUACUCACCUUACAUGUCAUCACCGGCAUCAAUGUCGUAUGCUUGCUUCGCUGCUUGCCUACUCCACCAGUUGUCCAUCUGUUGCAGGCAAAGAUCUUUGAGUUUCUUUACGAGCCAGAUAAUCCUGUCAUACGAUUCCAGCGGCUGAAUCUCGAUUGUGCAGACUUCAGACACGCCGUCACGUGUGGUCUCAUCACAUCUCCAGAAGCGAUCAUUGCUCGUGCCGCUGAGCUGGACUUGAGGCUCACGACCGCAUUUGCUGGUGUGCCGCAAGGCUGGGACCCCGAGAUCAUUGCGCACAGCGUGAAGAGACACCAUGUACAGGCUGGACUACCCGGCUUUGAGCUGAGGUAUGCAGAUCAAGCGACCAACUAUAUCUGGGCGUCGUAUCGUUCUAGCCGGAUAAUGGUCAACGAGAUUGUGCUUCAAUCGAUUGAAAGGGACACACACGUACAUCGAUCUGCUUGGGGGCACUCACACACCAUAGUGCGGCAAUGCCAGACUGAGAUCUUGGCCAGUAUGCCCCAGUACACAUCGCAGAGUGGCGAGCAACUUCCAUGGUCUGGCUUCAAACGCCCUGUUCGUUACUUUGUUCCUGAGGCUGUGUCCAGCAGUCUCCCUAUCAUGCGGGCAUUAUCCGGUUAUGGUGUACUGUGGCCGUUGUUUGUCGCUGGCACAUGCUCCACGACCACUUCUGAGAUCAGGGAUUACGUGGCAGACGUGUACGGAUACUUCGGAGAGCAGUUGAAGAUUGAACAGGCUCUUGUGCUACGUCAGAUGAUCUGGUCGCUCUCCAGAGCCACCUCAGACCCAAGGCCUGGCAGUGGCAGUGUUUUGAAGAACGACACGGUACAUGGAGAGUAUAACAAAUGA